AGAAGGCGGGAGGCGGGCAGAAUGAAAUACUUUGGGCGGAACCGCAGAGCGUGGGAACCCGGAAGUGGCGCGGCCUCCGACCGAGACCGCCGAUGGAAAGCGAUCCCCCUGAUGACACCGGCCCUGUGCACGUGCCUUUGGGGUACGUGGUGGCCCAUGCGAAAUGGCGAGGGUCGCAGCUGGCACAAGAGAUGCAAGGUCGGGAAAAUUAAACUCAUUUUUGAGGAUGGCGUGAACUUGGCGGAUUUUUACCUGUCCAGUCGAUCUUGCAUUAUUUACAUCACUGAAGCUGAGUUGGUGGCAGGAAAUGACUACAGAAGGAGACUUGUCCGGGUUCGAAAUUGUGGUCAUCUUCAAGGGAUUGUAGUGGUGGAAAAAACGCAGAUCAAUGAACAGUACUUCCCAGCUAUACAGAAGUUUGUGGUGCUGGAUCUUGGGAUGGUUUUACUUCCUGUAGGAAACCAGAUGGAAGCAGCCUGUCUCAUUGUCCAGUUCGUGGAAGAGCAGAGCCGAGAGACAAGGAAGAACCCUUUCCUUAGGAAGACCACCCGGGUUGGACUCUCUGAAACAUCCCUUGUUCGAACUGUUCAACAGAUCCCAGGAGUUGGAAAAGUUAAAUCGCUCCUCCUCCUUCAGAAGUUCCCAAGCAUCCAACAACUCAGUAAUGCUUCUAUCCAAGAGCUGGAGCCCGUGGUGGGCUCCGUGGUGGCCCGGCAAAUCUAUGCCUUCUUCACCCAGUCCAGUCAGGUGACCUGACUUCACAUCUACUACUGUUGUCUCCCUUAGGCCACAAACUUACAGGAUCUACUUUUCCCAUUUAACAAUCAAGAAACAGUCAGGUGCCAGAGGCUUACAGCUAUGUAUUCCCAAUCAGGAGGCUGAGCUCUGAGGACUGCAAUU